AUGUACUCACCACUGGACGAAACUGCCCGUCAAAUCCGGCUUCUUCGGCUCUAUCCUGCGGGCCCAGACGAUAGCCUAGAGGUUGAGAUUUAUAUCAGCUCACUUGAGGAGAACCCGGUAUAUGAGGCGCUGUCCUAUGUCUGGGGAGAUCCCAGCGAGAAUCCCGACAGCGAACCCACAGAAAUCUGCAUUCGCGGCACAGGGAAAUGGACUGUCACACCCAACCUCCGCGGCGCCCUCACCACGCUCCGACAUCAGACAACGGAGCCCCGGACGCUCUGGGUCGAUGCGCUGUGCAUCGACCAGAGCAACAAGAACGAGCGGAGCAGCCAGGUGCGCGUGAUGCGGGACAUCUACGCCCAGGCGUCACGCGUCGUCGUCUGGCUCGGCUCGGGCCGCCGCGGGCCCGAGGUCCGCGAGGCCGUCGAGCUCUUCACGGGGGAGGCCGACGAUGUGCACUGGAGCGACCCGCGCGUGCACGGGCACACCAUGGGCGCGCUGUUCCUGCUGCUCGUGCACAAGUGGUGGCUGCGCAUCUGGACGCUACAGGAGGCCGUGGUGGCGCGCCGCGUCGUCUUCGUCCAGGACGGCCUCGAGAUCGAGGGGGACCUGAUGCGCCGGCUGCGCGAGCGGUGCAACCGGCACCACGCCGACGGCUGCUGCUACCCGGCGGCCGCGGCGGUGGAGGACGGCCCGGCCGGCAGGAGCUCGAACGAGGAGAUCCACGGGCACAUGAGCCUGCAUUUUGAGAAGCUGGGCGCCGUUGUCGAGAUGCAGCGGCAGAUGGGAGACCCGCGGCGCUCGGCCGCGCUGGACCUACCCACGGUCGCGUCCAGGUCUAGGGGGAGGGACGCGACUGAUCCGCGGGACAAAGUGUAUGGCGUCCUGGGCCUCUGCGCCGGCGUCUCGACCGACUGGGUCGACUACAACCUCAGCAUCGAGGACACCUACAUCACGGCGGCCAGGGAGUCGAUACGGCUUUCGGGCAUGCUUGACGUAUUGUCUCACGCGUUCCCGGAGACAGAGCACAAUAACGACGACGACGAGCGCCACUUCCCUCCCGCGGAUGAACGAGUGCCAAGCCAGGUCUCUGUUCCGACCUGGGUCCCCGACUGGAGUCGCAAGUACCUCCAGGUCCAGAACCUGCUGGUCGUGUGGGACUAUGUGCACCCCAUCCGGCAAAGCUGGGCAGCUUGCGGCAAACACCUCGCCCAGGUCGACAUGAUCCCGAAGGGCGCCCCGGUCCCCCGCGCCCUGGCCGUGUCCGGCCUGAUGUUGGACACAAUCGAGCGCAUCGGCAGGCCGCGCAUCUGGUGGCACCAGGGCGACGAGAAGAUCUUUGCCGCCUGGAGGAAGCUGUCCGGGGUAGACAGGGACCCGCUGGCGGGCUACCCGGCCGGCGGCUCGGUGCUGGACGCGUACUGGAGGACGCUGUGCCUGGACAAGAGCCACCAGGAGGCCGACGAGGACAAGACCUUCCAGGAGGCCGACGGCGGGCGGGAUGCCUUUUUCCACGGCGAGUGGUGGUUCAAGCAGAUGCUGACCGCGCGGGACCUCCCCGACCCGCGCGGCGAGGCCACCAGCUACCGCCAGACCAUGUACGACCAGCACAUCAGGAACCGCACCGUCGGCAGGGCCUUUUUCGUCUCGGCCAGGGGGUACUUUGGCCUGGCGCCGGCCGGCGCGGUUUCGGGGGACUGCAUAUACGUGCUGGCCGGCGGUCGACCCGCCUACGUUUUGCGCCCCUUGGAGGUGCCGACCCCCCAAGGCGACUGCGACUCGGUCCCAGCCAUGACGCUGUUCCGCCUCGACAUGUACUUCCUCCCCAACGGCACCUGGGACGACUGUAUGCGCCACUACCGCACCGAGCGCGACGCCCGUGGCAGCUACACCACCCAGGCCGAGGCCGCCGAAAGCAGCGCCGCCGCCAAAUCCACCGCCGAAACGGCCAGGAUCCCCGGUCUGGUACCCUCGUACGCGCGGCAUGAUAUGGAACGUUUUGAAUACCACGCCGUUAUAUACAUCUGCGAUGCCGACGAUUGGCGCGGUGGCGAUAACGAAACCAUAACGCGCCUCGAGUUCGAGCCGCUGUCCCGGGAAGACUACGAGCGCUACAACAAGUGCCCCGACGGCGGAGGGCACGAACCCGACGUGCUUCCCGAGACGGCGGUCGUUGUCGAAGCAAUCUCGAGACUUAGCCCCGGUUUCGAAAAACCGACCCCAGCCCGGCCUAGGCAGGCUGGGUUUGCCGGAACGUCGACGGAAAUGCACCACAUGUCCGCUGGGAUGCGUGAGAGGGUUCCCUAUGAGCAUGAUGGCGCAAGCGAGUGGCUUAUUGCUAGGGACAAUGGCUGGACUCAUUGGUAA